AGCAUCUCUGUUUUUCAGGGUCUGGAUGAAGAGCAGAGUGUGCAGUUACUACAGUGUUAUCUUCAGGAAGAUUACAGAGGGACAAGGGACUCCUUGAAGACUGUUCUUCAGGAUGAAAGGCAGAGUCAGGCUCUGAUGCUGAAGCUUGCUGACUAUUACUAUGAAGAGAGGAUCUGCAUUCUGCGCUGUGUCCUCCACCUACUCACUUAUUUUCAGGAUGAGAGGCACCCAUAUACAGCACAAUACUUUCAGUGUGUUGAAAAGUUGGACAAGGAAUUGGUUCCUAAUUACCGGAAGCAGUUUGAAGAGCUGUACAAAGCAGAAGCUCCUACGUGGGAAACACAUGGAAAUCUCAUGACAGAACGUCAGAUUUCCCGUUGGUUUGUGCAAUGCCUCCGAGAACAGUCCAUGCUCCUGGAAGUCAUCUUCCUCUACUAUGCAUACUUUGAAAUGGCACCUGAUGAGCUUCUGGCAUUUGCAAAGAUGUUCAAAGAACAAGGAUUCGGCACGAGACAAACAAACAGACACUUGGUAGAUGAAAGCAUGGAUCACCUGGUGGACCGUAUUGG